AUGUGCAAAUGUAGGAAUGUGACAUUAAAGUCACCAAGAACUAGUCCGAAAAUGAAACGAAGACUGGCAAUUGUGAAAGAAGAGAAGAGAAGUCCUAAGAGUAUUUGUAACAGUGAUCUUGCUAUUUAUACGAUGGUGAUAUCAACGGCAGUUUUAAGUUAUGUUAACAGUUUGAAUGGUGACUUCGUUCACGAUGAUAUACCGGCUAUAGUGACGAACGGUGACGUACUAGGAAGGAGCAGUAUUAGAGAGUUGUUUUUGAACGACUUCUGGGGCACCGCGAUGGUUGAUCCCAAUAGCCAUAAAUCAUAUCGCCCCUUGACAACGUUAUCAUUUAGGAUAAAUUACGCAUUAACUGGUUUAAAGCCAUGGUGGUGGCAUGCCUGCAAUGUUCUGUUGCACGCAGCAUGUUGCGCGUUAGUCGCGCGAGCAUGCGUGACAAUCGCGCGUUUACAAAGACCUUUCGCCGCAUUAGCGGCAUUGCUGUUUGCGGUACAUCCUAUUCAUACCGAAGCGGUAGCCGGUGUGGUAGGCAGGGCGGAUGUACUCGCUUGCAUAUUUUUCCUAUCCUCGCUUCUAGUUUAUCAUAGACCGACGAGUAACAAGAAAUGCGUAUGGCUGAGUAUUAUUUUGGGAGCUCUUAGUAUGCUGGCUAAGGAGACUGGCGUCACAAUCCUGUUUCUCAACCUGGCUAUUGACUUCUACAGAUGUUGGCCAUUUGUAAAAAGAUCAUUGUGUACGUUGAAGUUUGAAAAGAAAUGUUCUGGUCUUUCGAUAAGGACGACAAAAGUGCUCGUAUCUCUGGCUCUAUUGGUUUCUCUUCGUCUGGCGUUGCUUCAAGGAACAUGGCCAACAUUCUCGCCUCAGGAUAAUCCGGCUUCAUUCCAUCCGAGUUUUUUCGUAAGGUUGAUGACUUUUUGCUACUUGGCGGCUUUCAAUUGGUGGUUGUUACUAUGUCCAUGGUCUCUAAGUCACGAUUGGCAGAUGGGUUCUGUUCCACUCAUCGCUAGUGGAUGGGAUCCCAGAAACUUGUUGACGUGUGCUGCUUUUGGUGCUUUGCUGGUCCUUUGCUACAGAUGUGUUACAGAUUUAGAUGUACAAAGACAUACGCCUGCUGUUAUCGGCUUACUGUUGCUGGUGGUACCAUUCGUGCCUGCUAGUAACCUACUCGUCACCGUCGGAUUUGUCAUUGCUGAAAGAAUUCUUUACAUACCUAGCGUUGGAAGCGUCAUUAUAACAGCCUACGGUGUGCAACUUAUGUGGUAUUCGAAGCCAGGGACCAAGUUAUGUUUGAUUGUGGGACUUGCGGUGCUUGCUGCUAGCGGUGUGGCAAGGACAUAUAGAAGGAAUGCUGACUGGAAAGAUAGAUCAACAUUACUUAGAGCGGAUUUAGUGACUUUGCCGCAGAAUGCCAAACUGCACUACAACUUUGGCAACUUCCUUCGAGAAACAGAGCAGCAAGACAACGCUAUCAAACAUUACAAAGAAGCUUUGAGGUUAUGGCCGACAUACGCGAGUGCUCACAAUAAUAUCGGCACUCUCAGUAACGCGGAGAAUGCGGAACAGCACUUCUUAUCAGCGAUUUCACACAACAGAUACCAUGUGAAUGCUCACUACAAUCUGGCGAAACUUUAUAAGAAAAGUGGCCGAAUAAACCAGGCGGUGAGAAUGCUCGAGCGCUGUGUGGUACUCCAGCCACGUUUUGUUCAAGCCUACAUUGAAUUGCUGUCCUUGAAGCCGGAACCUGAAAAGGCGAGAAUAUUGGCACGAGUAGUUGAAUUGGAGCCCAAUAAUUGGGAGCAUUACAUUUUAUAUGGAAACUGGUAUAGGAAUAAAGGAUUACCAGGAGCCGCCGCAAAAUAUUUCGUAGAAGCCACAAGACUUAGUUUCAGAAAUAGAAAUGUUGAAAAAGCAAUGAGGGGUGAUUUGAUCUCACUCCGAUCAACGGCACUUGUAUACAGGAGUCUGGGACAAAAAUCGAGGGUCCUUCAACUUUUAACCAGGUGGCACACUUGGCGUCGUGGUUGGCCGAGUACUGCUGCUGCUCACAUGUACUUACAGGAGUGGCGUCUGAGGAUGGAGCUAGAAGGAAGAGUUCAGAUUUAUUCGAAAGCCGUCAAUCCCACAAAAUCGAAGACUUGUUUCGACCACUCACAACUAGCAGUUGGGUCUGCCACAGACAGUGAAGAAAAUAAUUCAAAGUACGAAGAUAGAAUUAAAGAAGAACAAGUUAGAGAUAAUACAGAAGUCGCUUUUGUUACAAAAUUAACAGUUGAUAGAACGUGUGAUAGAAAAACUUGUGAGGGUAAACGUGAUCUCUCAGUAUCCACUCAAAUAAAGACAACACACAAUAAAUCAGAAAUUGGACACAAAGAAAAAAAGUGUACGCAUAGAAAAGAAAAAAAUGGGAAGAACAUGAUGCGUGAUAUCGCGGCUCCCCUAUCAGAACAUAUUUUAAUGAAGACUUUUUAA